AAUGGAUUAUUAAAUAUUUAUAAAUAUAUUACAUACAUUUAUGUAUAAGAAAUUUAAAGAUAAAUCAUGUAAAACAUGAUAAUUUACUGUUGACUGCUUACAUUCCUGUCACAAUUAUCGAAUGAUAAAUUAAAAAUAAGUGUAAAUAUUUUAAUUCUUAAACUGUAUUAACAAUGUAUCUUAAAGCAAUUUGUUUUGUAAGAUAAUAUUUUUGACUUUUUGUUUUAAGUAAAACGUAUUAAAAAAAAAACAAAAAAUGCCUCCGAAAAAGAAGAAGACUGCUGGUGGUCAGACAGUUCGAUUCCAACCAUCAGAUCAUAGACAAUCGAAAAAAUCUCAAGCUGAAAUUGAGUCUUCGUCUCACCGUCUUCCGGUCAUACCGGCCCUAUGGACUGUAUCUUUGAUAGUUGUGAUCGGUUCGUUGUGCUACCGAGGGUACUUGGACACUCACUUUACUGUUAACUCACCUUUUCGCGGUCCAAAAGUAACAAAAAAAGAUUCCGAUCCUAUACGGUGGGGUACACUACGGCCUGGCCAAUACCUAGGUUUGAGAACGAAAGAACCUAGAGAUCGAGGGUCGGUUAGUGCAGGACUUAUGUGGUAUAAAAACGAGGAAUUGCUUGCCAAAGGUCCGGAUUCAAUACGCUACAAUUGUGAAAACAGAGAUACCAUAAAGUAUGGAUUCAUCGAGCAUAACACUUGUAGUUAUGGAAUUCAAGUCAUUCAGGAGUUGAAUGACAAUUUUGAAGACGUUAAUUACGCCAUAAAUACAACAUUUUUGAGACCUGAACAAAACAAUAAAAAAGAUUGGACUGUCAGAGUCGAUUAUGCUAACCGUAAAAAAUCAAACAAAAACGAUAUAUCGUUUGUAUGGUAUACUGUAAUCGAUCCAGGAGAUGACGACGAUAAAUCUCUUUCGCAAUCUGAAUAUAAUCUGCAAGUCGAAAAAACAGUUGAAGGUUCACAUCUGGUAGCGAGAAUCAUCGGACAUUCUCCUAGUUUAGGUGAUUUCAAAAUGUCGGUCGUUUUUGACAGUGAAAACACGAAAGACAUACAUUCUUCUAUGCACGCUAGUGUCGGUGUUACACAAUGUAACUCGAUGGCCGAAGUGAAAGAAUGUCUUGUGCACGGUACAAUGGCUGUUGAAAAUGAUAAAACUAGCCAAUCCCAACAUCGAGUCGUGUUGACUGAUAAGAAACAAUCGACUGGUUUUAAGAACUUUGUAGCCGUUCAAAUUACUUUAUACUCUCAAACUGGUAGUUUUGACGUUGUUUAUCAACAAAAUCAAAAUUCGGCUGCUUUACUAACUGGACAGAAAUUAACAAAAGUUGCAUCGGUAUACAGUGCGAAAUUUCAUGAAAAAUUUAAUCAUGUAUUUAAAUUGAAAAGUUACUCUAACGAAUAUGUUGAGUUUGCUCGCUCAACGUUCAGCCAGAUGGCCGGAAGCAUUGGUUACUUUUACGGCAACAGUUUAGUACGAGACGAAGAGGCCUUGCUGAAUGAUGACUCUUCGAUAUUGCGCUACUGGAAAUCGGCUUUAUUGACUUCCGUUCCUAGUAGAUCUCAAUUUCCUCGAGGUUUCUUGUGGGACGAUGGUUUCCAUGGUCUUCUGCUAUCCAAAUGGAGUACGGAUUUGGAACUAGAUAUAGUCAGUCACUGGCUCGAUACAAUGAAUUGUCGCGGUUGGAUACCAAGGGAACAGAUAUUGGGGUCGGAAGCUAGAGUGAGAGUACCGAAUGAGUUCAUAGUUCAAAGUUCGACGGCUGCCAACCCGCCGGCUCUUCUUUUGACUAUAGAAUCGAUUUUAGACAAAUUAGAAGACAAAGAAAAAUUCAGAGAAGAAAACUUCAUAAAACACAGAGAAAUACUCAAAAUGAUGUGGCCUCGAUUACGCGCUUGGUAUUCCUAUUUUAACGAUACACAGACAGCCGGAAACAAUGAUGAAGUUUUUCAAGGUUACAAGUGGCACGGUCGCAAUGCUAGUUCAUCGUAUGAGUUAAAUCCCCAGACUUUGACAUCUGGAAUGGAUGAUUAUCCCAGAGCAUCGCAUCCUGAAAGCGCAGAUUCACCAAGAAAUGGCCCUCUGGAUUAUGAAAGGCACUUGGACCUCUUGUGUUGGAUGGCUCGCGCCACGCGUAUUAUGUACAGGUUAGGUACAUAUUUGAAUUUAGAAAAUGAAAACAACGGAGCCGUAGACAAUUAUAGGGAUCAUUAUCAAGUGUUGGUGUCAAACUUGGACCGCCUUCACUGGAGCGAGAGUGGCUCGAUGUAUGCGGACUAUGGGUUGCACACCGAUAGUGUAGAGUUAAAAAAAGUACGCAAACCAGAAGACGGUACUUUUGAAUUUAGGAGAAUCGUGUUGGAACCGCCCAAAUGGCAGUAUGUGGAUACCCAUCCUGGUUAUAAUAGUUUGUAUCCUUUGUUAAUGAGAAUUGUACCAUCCAAGAAAAAAUUAAACGCCAUUUUAGAUAUGGUUGAACGUGAUUUGAUGACAGAUGGCUGUGGUUUGAGAUCCCUAAGUAAACGCUCCAGCAUGUACAAUAUGUACAACACGGAACAUAACCCGCCGUAUUGGAGGGGUCAAGUGUGGAUUAAUAUUCAGUUUUUAACUCUGGGAUCGCUGAACUAUUACAUGGCCGAGAGUAAUAAUAUUUUCGAUGUGAACGAUCUCAUUGACAUUGAUAAAGGAACGCGCAAUAGGUGCCGUCAGCUGUACAACAAGUUGAGGGAAAACAUAGUCGACUGUAUGUACAAUGAAUGGAAGAGAACCGGAUAUGUUUGGGAACGAUAUAGCGACGAUUUGGAAGAGGUUUGGGAAAUAAACAAAGAGAGCGGCGGCAAAAGAAAACGUGUGUUAGUCCACAAAGGAAUUGGAACAAGACCGUUUACCGGGUGGUCCGCAACCGUGCUGCUUAUUAUGGCCGAACUUUACUAAUCGGUAGAGUUGGCACAAAAACCUGUAUGUUUGGUUAUAAAUAGAACAAAUAAAACCCUUAAUUUUGAAUUAAUCAAAACAUUUUCUGGACUAGAUUAACAUUUUUUUAAUAUUAAUAAAAUAUUUUAAUGAUAUUUCUGGCCAAAAAAUUAUUGUAAUAUAUUUUCAAAAUAUUCAAAUUUUUUGCCGUUUUUUUGGAUUUAUGUUUUUUUUCCCAACUCUACUAGUAGAGAGAAAAAGGUACUACCUGAUUACACAAAGUUUAUUCCUAUCGUUUCACAUAUGUAAACAUUUCAAGUUAUUCGUUAUGUAUUUUUUUUGUUUAUUAGGUAAAUUUACUCGUAUAUCGUUUACCAAUUACCAUAUUAUUAUAUUUUUAAACUUCUAUUAUGGUCUCAACAUUUAAUGACUAAUGUACAUAUUAAUAGUACUCCUCGUGUUUUGUAAAUUACCGGUUUCUUUAUUGUUAAUGUAUCUCUUAAAAGGCAACGUACCAUUAAAAUAUGUAAACACACAACACAACACUUGGUGAAAAAAUACGAAUCCCAAUCACCCGUAUGUAUCCAUAUACUCGUAACUUCUUUUUUACUGCGGAUACCUGUUUUUAUUCUGUAAUGUAUUAGGUGUAAGCAGUUUUUAGAAAAAAUGUAUUUCAACUUAAACUAUGUUGUAUGUAUUUGACUGUAUUUUCAGUCUUGGGCUUGUAUUUUUUAAAUGUAACGAAAUGUCAUUACUGGUACGUUACUAUCGUCGAUUAUGUAGUAAUUAAAUUACUUUGUCUAUUAUA